UAUCGCCCUCUCACUUAUGCGACUAUAAAAACCAGCUCAUGGACCGCCUGCUUCUUUUUCUCCUCUCCACCCUCUCUCUCCUCCCUCUCCGUCGAUCACUCCUCCGCCAGACCCCUUACCGGCUGACUCGCCGGCGACCCGCGGGAGACCGUCCGUUCGCUUCCUGCAACACCUUUGCUUUCAGCAAGAGAUAUUUCUCUCUCCCCCCUGUGCUUCCCAUCAUAUAUCAAGAGCAUCGGCGAGCCUUAACAAGGAGAGGUAGAAGAUAUGGACGGGCUGGGACUUCGAAAUGUGGGUUCUCAUUGCUCCAUUUCCGAGAUGGAUGACUAUGAGAUCUCUCGCCUUCUCGACAAGCCGAAGCUUAACAUUGAGCGGCAGAGAUCAUUCGACGAGAGGUCCCUCAGUGAGCUCUCUGUCGGGCUCUCUAGGGCAGGUUUGGACAACUUUGAGAGCACUUAUUCACCUGGGGGAAGGUCGGGAUUCAACACGCCUGCUUCAUCGGCUCGCAACUCUUUUGAACCUCAUCCCAUGGUGGCUGAUGCUUGGGAAGCCCUUAGGCGGUCUUUGGUGUACUUCCGUGGCCAACCAGUUGGCACAAUUGCUGCUGUUGACCAUGCUUCAGAAGAGGUCUUAAACUAUGAUCAGGUUUUUGUACGGGAUUUUGUACCCAGUGCACUGGCUUUCCUGAUGAAUGGAGAGCCAGAGAUAGUGAAGAACUUUCUCCUGAAGACUUUGCACCUUCAAGGAUGGGAGAAAAGAAUAGACCGUUUCAAGCUUGGAGAGGGUGCCAUGCCGGCUAGCUUCAAAGUCCUGCAUGACCCAGUUCGCAAAACUGACACUCUUAUCGCAGAUUUUGGUGAGAGUGCAAUUGGACGAGUUGCUCCCGUUGACUCUGGGUUCUGGUGGAUUAUUCUGCUCCGUGCCUAUACGAAGUCAACGGGUGAUCACUCUCUUGCAGAGACACCAGAGUGUCAAAAGGGAAUGAGACUUAUAUUGACUCUUUGCCUGUCGGAGGGUUUCGAUACAUUUCCAACUCUGCUAUGUGCUGAUGGAUGCUCUAUGAUUGAUCGAAGAAUGGGCAUUUAUGGUUAUCCGAUUGAAAUUCAAGCACUCUUCUUCAUGGCCUUAAGAUGUGCUCUGGGAAUGCUAAAACACGAUGCAGAAGGAAAAGAAUGUAUAGAGAGAAUUGUGAAACGCCUACACGCCUUUAGUUACCACAUGAGGAGUUAUUUCUGGCUCGAUUUCCAGCAGCUAAACGACAUAUACCGCUACAAGACUGAGGAAUAUUCCCACACUGCCGUGAAUAAGUUUAACGUCAUUCCAGAUUCAAUCCCUGAGUGGGUGUUUGAUUUCAUGCCGACUCGCGGUGGUUAUUUCAUUGGGAAUGUUAGCCCUGCAAGGAUGGACUUUAGGUGGUUCUGUUUGGGCAAUUGUGUCGCAAUAUUAUCAUCCCUGGCAACUCACGAGCAAUCAAUGGCUAUAAUGGACCUCAUUGAAGCUCGGUGGGAGGAGCUCGUUGGAGAAAUGCCUUUGAAAAUUAGCUAUCCUGCCAUAGAAGGUCAUGAGUGGAGGAUUGUGACUGGUUGUGAUCCUAAAAACACAAGGUGGAGUUACCACAAUGGAGGAUCUUGGCCAGUUCUUCUCUGGUUGUUGACCGCUGCUUGCAUCAAAACGGGCCGGCCCCAGAUCGCGAGGAGGGCAAUCGAUCUAGCUGAGACUCGUCUACUCAAGGACAGCUGGCCUGAAUACUACGAUGGGAAACUUGGCAGAUAUAUUGGGAAACAAGCAAGAAAGUACCAAACAUGGUCUAUUGCUGGGUACUUGGUGGCAAAGAUGCUGCUCGAGGAUCCUUCCCACCUGGGUAUGAUCUCCCUAGAAGAGGACAGACAAUUGAAGCCCGUCAUGAAGCGAUCUUCUUCUUGGACCUGCUGAACUAAAGCUCGAUGAGGAAUUCGACAAGAGAAAAAACGGACAAGGAGAAGAGCCUGAAGGAUCAGAUGGUUUGGUAUCAUCAUUCUUUGGUGAGUCUGUGCUGGUAGAUUUGAUUGCUGUAAGGUUUUCUCAUAUAAGUUUGCCCCUUUCUUUUAUCUUACUGAUGUACAAUAGUUUCUGUUUGAAGUUUGACAUCAUCAAGGAACUACCUCGAAUAAGAAAGAUACAGUUUGUGUCUGGUACUCUCUUGAGAUUUUGAUGGGCUUUUCCAAUGAAUGGCCAUGAACUUUACUUAA